AUAUCAACUGUCCUCGUCAGAGUGCCCCCUUACAUCAACUGUCCCCAUAAGAGUGUCCCGUUACAUCAACUGUCCCUCAUAAGAGUGUCCCCUUACAUCAACUGUCCCCAUAAGAGUGUCCCGUUACAUCAACUGUCCCUCAUAAGAGUGUCCCCUUACAUCAACUGUCCCCAUCGGAGUGCCCCCUUACAUCAACUGUCCAAAUCAGAGUGUCCCCUUACAUCAACUGUUCCCAUCAGAGUCCCCCUUACAUCAACUGUCCCUCAUAAGAGUGUCCCCUUACAUCAACUGUUCCCAUCAGAGUGCACCCUUUACAUCAACUGUCCCCAUCAGAGUGCCCCCUUUACAUCAACUGUCCCCAUCAGAGUGCCCCCUUUACAUCAACUGUCCCCAUCAGAGUGCCUCUUACAUCAACUGUGCCAUCAGAGUCCCCCCUUACAUCAACUGUCCCCAUCAGAGUGCCCUUACAUACAUCACCUGUCCCCAUCAGAGUCAACCUUGGCUCUACUUGGGUCA